UGGGGAAAAAAAAAAAAAAUGUUAACACAGAACUUCUGUAACAUGAUACUAUGAUGUGAAGACAGUGUAUUUUUACCCCACACUCUGUCAAACAAUGCGAUCAGUCUCUUGUCAAGAGUCAAGUCAAUGCUCAUACGCAUGCAUAAAUAAGCCUUGGCUACAGUCAGCAGCCACACAGGGUUAUGGAUUACUUUUCACUGUGCUUCUUUCUCCUGUUGGUGUUGCCACCUCUCAAUGAUGGUGAGUAAAACAUCACUUAAUUUAACUGUUUAAUAUUAAAUGUGUUAAUGUGGUAAAGUCAUGAUAUCUUCAAAUUUUUCUCAUAAAGCAAACAGGUAUAAUUAUGAUACAGCAAACAAACUGUUGAAGUUUGAUAAACAAUGAUUUGACUAUUGAUCUUUGAUUAGAUCAUUUAAAUACUAAAUGACUCAGUUGACUGGAUUAUUACAAAAAUAAGGGUAAAUAAUCCAAUGCUCACAAGUGUAUCUCUGUCAAAAGAAAUUGCCCCUGCUGGACCAGGUUGUCAAAUCACUGACUUGAGUUUAUUAGAGACAAAGUAAACAGCAUCCACCUGUCACCAUGUUGCAUUUUGGUGAGGUGUCAUUUAUCAGUGCUAACUGUACUGACUUCAGUGUGAAAAAUGAAUAUGGAUAUUAUAUACCGUGCGUCAUUGUCCACACAAAGAGCUCAUUCCUUGAACAAGUAUUUGCCUUUUUAAGUGUCUAUUAUUGAUCUUUCAUCAAACCUGUUGUAGUGGAGUGGAUGUAGUUGUCUGAAAUCUGUUUCACAUCUUACAAGAAAGAUUAAAAUGCAUUAUUGCCCACUUACGCUGUACCAGACAAUUCAUCCAUGACAAUGCUCAAAAAUGUUUUUCUUGAAUUCUAAUGAAAUGACGUUGUCACUGUCCCUUUUAAAUUUCUAGCUCAAAUAGCGGUUCCCACUUCCAGCCUAACAGGUAACAUCCACAAUACAACCCUCACUGUUCCCACACUCCUCUACUGCAACAUAUUCUGCCUCCAUCUCUCCACCCUGCAAUGACUGGCAACAUUCCGCUCACUUAGCUCAGCUCCAUCCACCCGAGAUGCAUCAAACAUUUCUACCACUCUCAUCCUAAUUUGGAAUGAUGCUUGCCAACCUGUCCCCAGACCCUGACUGCUCUGCUGGGCAGCCACAAAAUACCUCUCAGACUCCUCAAUCUGGAGACUCUCAGCUACAACUACAAUUAAAUAUCUACACUACCUGCUGUAGAACAAGAUGUGUUAGUCAUUUUCUUCAUUGCGGUUUGGUAAAUAAUCAUGAUAUUGUAAGUGACCAGAGUGAUCUUAAAAUAACACAUGACUGUGUGCAGUGUAGAUCUUGUAGUUUCACUCCAACAGCUAUGUCGUGUGUGCUCCAGGCUGUGCAGGUCCACCAGUGCUGUGCUGCUCUGGUAAAAACAACACUUGUUCAAGGUUGAUUCAGUGUUUCUGUGACGAGUUCUGCAUCACAAGCAACGACUGCUGUGCUGACUACAGGUCAACCUGCACAUGUAAGUUAGAGUGAACGCAAAAAAUUAGAAUACAUUUUCAAGCAUUUAGUGUAUAACAUUUAUAAAGCAAAUCUUUGUCUUCUACAGCUUUGACCACCGCACUGCCAAGCAUAUCCAGCACAUUAAACAGCAGUACUACAUCUACAAUGGCAACUUUGCCUUCCACGGUCUCUUCACUAACAGCACCCAAUGCAAAAAGCAGCAGUACAACAUCUAGACCAGCAGAUAACAGCACUACUUUAUUAGUCUCUGGAACGACAGCACCAAGCAAAACAAACAGCAAUACUACUCCUACACUAGCAGAUGUCACAACAACUUCAGCAUCCACGGUCUCUAAUACAACACCCAACAUAACAGGCACCUCUACGACAUCUACACUGCUGGAUGCGAACACAACUCCAGCAUCCACAGUCUCUGUUACUACAGUAACCAUCCCAACAGGCAGCAGUACAUCUUCACCAGCAGAUAACAGCACAAUUUCAUUAGUCCCCGUUCCGACAGCACACAGGACACAAAGCGGCAAUACACCAUCUGCACUACCAAAUAUGAGCACAACAUCCCUAUUAGCGGUCUCUACUACUGCAGCACACAGCACAACCAACAGCAAUACAACCUUGAUGCUGAAUAUCAGCACAACUACCGUAUCCACACUCUCUGAUACAACAAACAGCAGUAGUACCUCAGAUUCAGAAUACCCUGUGUCUCUUACUACAGCACCCAGUACAACAAACAGCAGUACUACCUCUACAGCAGCAGAUAUUAGCUCAGAGUCAGAAUACCCUGUCUCUCUUACUACAGCACCCAGUACAAAAAGCAGCAGUACACCUACACAGACAGAUAUCACAUCGUCACCAUCCACCAUCUCUUCAACAACAGCACCCAAUACAAAAAGCAGCAGUACAUCUGCGCUAAUGGAGGUGAGCUCAACCUCAAAGUACGUAGUGUCUUCUACUGCAGCAACCAGUCAAAAAAGCAGCAGUGCUACAUCUACGCCAGCAGAUGGCCUCUCAACCACAGUCUCUAAAGCUACAGCAGGAACAACAGUGACAGAAACCAGGAUGACUCUGGGUGCUCGUAGUGUCACAUCUUCACCAGCAGAUGGAAGCAAAGCUGGAGUUUCUAACAAAAACACAGAUUCCCAGACCACGCCCAGCUCAAAUGAAGAUUACCAAACCCUGACUAUUCACCUAAAAGCUUCUGCUUUAGCCCAUAAUGAGGAAAAUGAAGAUGUGAUUUCAAAGGCUUUAUCUAAUGCAAGUACAAACAACCUUUAUGUUGCAUUUCUGUCCCAGGCCUUUCUCCAGCAGAAAUGUAAUGGCUGCACUUUAACCAUCAGACACAUCAAAUCCACCUGA